AUGUCGUCAACUGAACUCACCACAGAUCCAGCGGCACUUGCUGCUAAAGAGCGAGCUCGGAUCAUUCUGCAAAAUUCCUACAGCGAGGCUGUAACCACUGCACAACCCAUUGAUCGUCCUCUCCGAUCAGAAAGCCCAGAAGCCCGCACCGCCGCUGGCCAUGUUCGACGUCGAACGGAUAAAGUAACAAACGCUGAAGCACCUCCACCUUCAAGAUCCGAAACAAAAUCCUGCGCCAGGCAACCAGCUUCUAAGGGAAAGGGAAGGCAGAACAGAGGUUUAGGAAACGAUGGUGACAGCGACUCUGACGAGGACGAGAAAAAGUCCAAGAAAAGAGAGGACAAAGAUGGUGGAGGUGCAGUGAAGAAGCCCUUGACUAUUGUUGAUAUCGGCGGCGCUGGUCCAAGUGAUAGAACAUAUGGUGGUCUUUCUGCAGAAGAAAAGCAGGCGAUACAGCUUCGUCGCGCGAUAACAGCUAUGGAUCGACGGUGGGCAGCGUUUGAAUUGCACAAUCAAGAGUGCAAGCGGAGAUCUGAGGUGAGGAGUCCGGUGCUCAUCGCAAAGACUGGUUUGCCCUACGCUUGUCUUCGGCCACCAGAAGAUGCGCAACUCAACCAAUUGACGUUCGAGAAAUAUACCGAGGAGUACAAGAAAGACGCCCUAUUCGGUCAUAUAAGAGACCAGGUGGUUCAGGGCGAUGAAACGGAUAAAAUGAGGGUGAAUUCAUGGGGUGAUCAUCUGGAGGACGUACUGUUGUCUGUUGAAGAUGCGUUCAUUCGGCGAUGUUCAACUUUUGCUGGGCCAUCUACGGCAAGAGAAGACUCCAAAGUAACCCGGAUGUCGCUUAUGAUGAUGUGUAUACAAAAGAAAUUAUGGGAAGAGGUCAGCAAGUAUGGUUAUGAUGAAGGGCUAGAUGAGAGCAUAUCGGUUCCUCGAUUUGUGUCACGACACUGCCCUAGAGAAGGUAUGAUCGUCGACUUGCUGGCUGAACAGUAUUUUCGCAUAUUUUCCGAGGGUCUUUUGGAAGGAGUCGUCGCUCGAAGGCGUGGAUUGGAUAUUCCGACUUUGACAUUAAUGCAAGAACUCAAGAAUUCGAGACGCAAGGAGAACGAAUUGACCCUAGAAUAUAUGAGCUGGGCGAUCUCAGUUCUAGAUCAGACAGAGCUUGCUGAACGAUGCAAAAACUUGUUACGAGAUCAAACGAUCAAAAGUUUCCAAAUAUUCACAAAUUGCAGGCAGGAAUUUGUGGACGAUCCCGAUGACACUAGCAAUAAGAGUACUGUAUCUCUAUCGCUACUCAAAGGAAACAAGCUCGUCAACACCCAGCCUGUGUCAAUCGAAGAUUUGCGUCUAAUGGGCUGGCGUCACCAAGGGUCCCCCAGCGGAUUUUGGCGGUAUGAAGUGAGACAUGUAGCAAUACCAGUUGCGUGGCAGGAAUACUUAGGUAUGGAUGUUAAACUCACUGGUUCGCAGACCAUGUUUGAAGUAAUGUUGAAGGUAAGAAUGGAUGGGGAGGUGGUAGGAAUAUUCAGGCCUGAGUUGGAUCUCGAGUGGCACAAUAACUGGGACACGUUUUGUGAUUCUCUUAGAAGAGUAGACCCAUCUCCACGGUCUUGGGCUCUGUCUUAG